UCUUUCUCUCUUUCGUCUUGUUUUUCUAGGGUUUACGGAAGACGCGGUGCGGGGAGGAUAGAAGAAGCAGGGAGAAACGCAGGUGCAAAAGAGAGGAAGGAAAAUCAAACAAAAGAGAAAGAAUGGGCGGUAAAUGCCCUCACAGGAAGGUGAAGAAGCGUAGGCUCUCCCAUAAAUCUGCCCGCCGCGAGAAAUUCCUCGUCAAAGGCGAUGACAUGGUUUACUCCGAGCUUCGUAAGGUUGGUGAUGGGGAGACUAAUCCUCCGCGACCGUUGGAUGAAGAUCUCCCUGGAAUGGGCCAAUUCUACUGUUUGCACUGCGACCGCUACUUCGCGAACGUGUCCAUUAGAGAUGAGCAUUUCCGAACAAAACGUCACAAGAAGCGCUUGAAGCUAAUGGAGGGACCUGCACCACAUACUCAGCUUGAUGCCGAUUUAGCUGCUGGAAUGGGGAUGCCUGAUAACGGUCCUAAGCUCAUGUCCACUUGAGUGACUCCGGUAUUCCUUCUUGAAGGUAUUACUGAAUGUCUCAUUGUAGAAGGCUACUGGCCUACAUUCUUGUGACAAAACUCUCCCAAUUCUGACAUAUGAAGCAACACAUUCAAGCUUAAUUAGUUUGUCGAAGCCGAGAAGUACGAGAACUGAGGUUAUGGAUAAUUUAUGUUCAAAUUCAGCAAAGCUUCUAUCAGCUUUGCCGGUCCGCUAAAAUGGUUACUUUUUCAUACAAUCUGUAAUCGGUGCCACAAUGGUGUAGAAAUUCUCCACGAACUGACGAUAGAAUGUCGCUAAUCCGUGAAAACCCCGUACUUCAUGGAUGUUGGUUGAAACUCAAUUCCUUGAUGGAU